GUUCAAAACAAAUAGGGUUUUUGACACUAUUCUUGGAGGACACUUCAUCUGCUCUCCAAAACCCUCAACCGCCGUUAAACUUCCACCUUUAAAUCCGUUUCAUCCUCCGUUCAUUGGCAGCAACGCCACCGUACUCUGAAUCCUUCGAUAAAGGGAAGAUGAAUCUAAACAAUGUGAAGGUACCCAAGAUGCCUGAUGCCCGUGGAGCUUCCGCAUUGAUAAAGCUUGGAGCUGUUCUUGGUCUUGGAUUGUAUGCUGCUGGUAACAGUUUGUACAACGUUGAAGGAGGACAUCGUGCUAUUGUGUUCAACCGUAUAGUUGGUGUCAAAGAUAAGGUUUACCCAGAAGGUACACACAUCAUGAUUCCUUGGUUUGAAAGGCCAGUCAUCUAUGAUGUUCGUGCGCGACCCCAUCUUGUAGAAAGCACUUCUGGAAGCCGUGAUCUACAAAUGGUGAAAAUAGGUCUUCGAGUGCUUACUCGUCCUGUUGCUGAUGAACUACCCGCUGUUUAUCGAACGCUUGGUGAAAAUUACAACGAGAGAGUCCUGCCAUCAAUUAUUCAUGAAACACUGAAAGCUGUGGUUGCGCAAUAUAAUGCUAGUCAGCUUAUUACUCAGAGAGAGGCUGUUAGUAGGGAAAUACGGAGAAUACUGACAGAGAGAGCCGCAAAUUUCAACAUUGCCCUGGAUGAUGUAUCCAUCACAAGUCUUACAUUUGGGAGAGAAUUUACUGCUGCAAUUGAAGCCAAGCAAGUUGCUGCACAGGAGGCUGAGAGGGCCAAAUUUGUUGUCGAAAAGGCUGAGCAAGACAAGCGCAGUGCUAUCAUCAGAGCACAGGGAGAGGCAAAAAGUGCUCAAUUGAUAGGACAAGCAAUUGCCAACAAUCCAGCAUUUAUAACACUGAGGAAAAUCGAAGCUGCCCGAGAAAUCGCAGCAACAAUGGCAAGUUCAUCCAACAAAGUCCUCUUGAAUGCGGAUAAUCUCUUGCUCAACCUUCAGGAGAUGAGUCUGGAAAAGAAGUAGUUAGACUACAUCGCUUUCUUUUUGUCGUUUUCUAGAACCCGAGAGACUCGUCGGUUAUGAUUUGUAAUGCAUGAUGGUUACUGGUCAGUUUAUCAACUGUAGAGUGCGUUUAAAAAUAAUCCUAAUCCACGGAACAUCAACGGUCUUAACUUUGUUGGGGUAUUUCUGGGUUAUCAUCAUGUGGACAUGAACAAGCAUUAUAUGGUAAUGAACGUGGUUCUAUUUCGCUUGUGUUUUUAUA